AUGGAUACGCCGCCGCUGACGCCGACCUUGAGAGCAAAAACGUUUACCAAGCUCGGCGACAGGUUCUCCUCAAAAGUCGGCGACCUGGCGCUCCCACGACGCGUCAAGAGGGUGCUGCCGCUCUAUGUCGGCUGCGCCCUCACCCUUCUCAUUCUCCUCAAUCUCGACUUUCUCGCAUUGGUCCCGAGCCCAGUCGCUGUGCUGCAGCGGCAGGAGACAGCUCCUCCUCCUGCGUCUCCGCCUCCGCCUCUGCCUCCUACGUCGGGUCUUCUGGGAAGCUCGUUCCCGCAAAAGAUAUGGCAGACCUGGAAGAUUGACCCGCUCCUCUUCGGGAUCAAGGAGACUGUGAGGGCGACAACUUGGUUGGAAAAGAACCCGCACAUGAGAUACGAGGUCAUUACAGAUGCGAGUGAAAUGACCUACAUCAACGAGCAUUAUGGACCAAACGGCUUCAAUCGCCCGGACAUUGUCGACUUUUAUCAUAGCAUCAAUCUUCCGAUUAUAAAGGCCGACCUUCUGCGAUACAUGAUCCUAUACGCCGAAGGUGGCGUUUAUACCGACAUCGACGUCGAGGCGCUCAAGCCGUUCCACCGCUUCUUCCCUGAGCGACAUAACGAACUAGAGUACGACCUCGUCGUCGGAGUCGAGGUGGACGAGCCCCAAUUCCGCGAUCACCCUAUCCUAGGCCAGAAAUCCGAAUCCUUCUGCCAAUGGACUAUUAUUUCGCGCCCCCAGCAUCCAGUCAUGAUGCGACUCAUUGAGAACAUCAUGGCCUGGCUGAACGGCGUCGCGAAGGAACAGCGCGUUCCAAUCAACAAGGUCGAGCUCACAUUUGACCAAGUUCUUACAGGCACCGGUCCCUCCGCGUUCACCAAGGCCGUCAUGGCGGAAAUGAACAACAACUCGCCAGAGCGCAAGGUCACAUGGGACGACUUUCACAGCAUGACGGAAUCCAAGGUCGUCGGUCGCGUUCUCGUCCUAACAGUGGAGGCCUUCUGCGCCGGAUCAGGCCAUUCAGACUCAGGCAAUCAUGGAUCUCGAAAUGCCCUCGUCAAACACCACUAUCACGCAUCCAACUGGCCGAGUCGACACCGGCGAUACAGCCACCCUGCCUUUGGCCAGGUUGAAGAAUGCAAUUGGAACGCCGACUGCGUCAGGCAAUGGGAUAAGGAUGUGGCCGACUUCGAGAAGCUCUCGGAGCAGGGCAAGAAGGACAAGAUCAGGGAGAGGCUGCUCUUGUUGCAACCACCGCCGCCUCCGCCUGCUCCGCCGCAGCAGCAGCCGCUAGAACAACCACUGAAGCUGCCAGAGUCUCUGCCACAACUACCGAAACAGCCCGAGCAGCCGCUGGAACAGAAGCUGGAGCCAGUACCGGAGCAGAAGCCGGAACAGAAGCCGGAACAGAAGCCGGAACAGAAGCCGGAACAGAAGCCGGAACAGAAGCCGGAACAGAAGCCGGAACAGAAGCCAGAGCAGAAGCCGGAGCAACAGUCGGACAAGCUGGAGGAAAAAAAGGCCCCCGAGCAAGGCGGAGAGCAGAAACCGAUGGAACAACCCGGUCAAUCAGACAAUCACGGGCAACAUGAGCAAGUGGAGGAACCGAAGCAGCCAGAGCAGGCACUCUAG